UUUGAAAUCUUCUUAAAAACAUACCGAUAAAUCCGCCCCCCCUCCUCUCCCUCGCUUUGUCUCUCUCUCUCUCUCUCUCGCGAACUCAGAGGACUUCGUCAUUCGCAGCGACGCUGGAUACAAAAAAGGCGCACAGAGAAAGGGAAUGAUUGAAGAUUUUGCAAAACGUGGGGAGACAGACCUACUUAGGCAAAUAGUGGAAAACGAUCAGUCCAAGAAAAUAAUAGCUUAUGAUCAAGAGUACUAGUUCCUUUUCAAUGACCAAGGGCGAAGUGCAAGUUAAUCUCUUAGCAAAUUCAGCACCUCGGCCUUCCUUGCCUUCCUUUGUUAGAAUUCGGGCGAUGGGUAUGGAAACUACCAAAAAUAAUGUGAAAUCGAAUCAAGUGUUGAAAAAGAAAACAAGAAGGAGACGUAGGAUGAAGAAAUCAAAUCUACUGCAAGAUACUAGUCUAUCUGAUAACCUGCGUCAGGAAUAUGGUCAGAGUGACACUAAUCAUAUGCAUAGAUUGUCAACUUUAAGUCUAGUUGAUGAAAGAAGUGAUGACAUAGUAGUUAUUUCAUCAGGAGCUGUUAAAACUAUGAAUGAAGUGGACCACAGCUCAGGGAUUUCAAAUAGGUCAAUUGUGAGAACACCUGUUUGCGAUAUAGAGAAAAAGCUUCUUAUUCUUGAUAUUAAUGGACUACUUGCGGAUAUAGUCUCUCCUCCUCCAAAGGGACUUGCAUCUGACAAACGAAUUGCAGGGCGGGCAAUUUUCAAGAGGCCCUUCUAUCUUGAUUUUCUUAAGUUCUGCUUUGAGCAUUUCGAAGUGGGUGUGUGGUCUUCAAGAUCCAAGAGAAUUGUGGAACGAGUGCUUGAUUAUCUGAUGGGUGAUAUGAAGCACAAGUUGCUGUUUUGUUGGGAUCUAUCCCAUUGCACUGCAACAGGGUUCAGGACUCUAGAAAAUAGGCAUAAGACCUUGGUUUUUAAGGAACUGAGGAGAAUAUGGGAAAAACACGACCCUAGUCUUCCAUGGGAGAAGGGCGUUUAUAAUGAAUCAAAUACAUUGUUGUUGGAUGAUUCCCCCUACAAAGCCUUGCUUAAUCCUGCACAUACCGCAGUCUUUCCUCAUCCAUACACGUUCCAACGAGGGAGCGAUUCUUCGUUAGGUCCUGGAGGUGAUCUUCGGGUCUAUCUGGAAGGUUUGGCUGCUGCUGAAAAUAUACAGGAGUUUAUAGAGCAAGAGCCAUUUGGCCAAAGUCCUAUUAAUGAAAGUAGUGCAUCUUGGCCCUUCUACCUCAGGGUUCUUAGUACGGUGUAUUCUGUAGAUACCACCAACAUGACCUGUAAUUCUACCGUUCAGCGUUAGGUAUGAGUUUUGCAUUUCUUAUAUUUUGCUCUUGCCAUCCUUCGUGCCUUAUGUGGAGCUUUGCUCGGCGUAUUCUUCCAAAGCUUUGUCAAACAACUGGAGCUGGUGACUUACCAAAACAGCCAUAGGUAAUAGAAAAAUUGACCCCACAAAAACUUGUAAUUGAAGUGUUUUUUUGAAACAUACAUUGGAAAUUUACUUCCUGCUCCAUCCAUAUUGGAGAAUCUCUUAUGUCAUCCUUAUUUUUUGGUCAAGGAAUGGAACAGUCGAUUUCA